AUGGCACAGUGCGUAACCAAUACCUUUCUACAAGGAAAACCAUUCCUUCCACUUCCCACAAAAAACUUUCAGCAGCAAUAA